GUAGCUGUAUGGCCUGCCACAUAGCGGCCCCUUCCCCUUGUCCCUUUCCUCGCAUGUCGUCGUUUUCAUGUUGAUCGAAGGAAGGCUCCUGGUAAACACAAACAAAAGUCUUUUGUACGGGGUGGGGAGUCAAGCAGCUUAUAAUGUUGAUGAACGCCUUCGCCUAUCCUGCAGUCACCUCCAUUUCGGUGGUGACUUUUCCCUUCUUCACGCUGGCGGCCAAGAAAGAGAUCAGCGCGGCCUUCAGUAGUAAAAUCAAACAACGCCUCGACCUCCCGAAGAAUACUAGCAAUGCCGUCCUCUUCCACACUACCGGCCUCGCCCCUCCCAUCGACUACAUGCUGGUGGACGCGUUGAUGGUGUUCUUCAAGGGCGCGGCGCAGCAGCUAUGGAGCCUCCACCUCAGCAGUGACAACAUCCCGAGCUUCCGGCCGGCCGUAGGACUUGUUGCAGCCGCCGGCCCUCUUCCUCCCACGCCGGCGCCGCUGUGCAGCAGUAGCAGCAGCAACAGUAGUAACGCUGUAUCCCUCCCCACCCCGCCGCGGAAUGAUGUCGCAGUUGGCGAAAGCGCCCCCAGCAGCAGUAGCAGUAGCAAACGUCCACCUGCGCCACAGGUAAGCAGCAGUAGCAGUAGUAGUUCCCUUCUCCUGUCCUCCCUGCCGCAGGCCGGUAUGUCAAGCAGCAGUAGCAGCUCCCACCACCUCUCCGUACCGCCAGCUGCAGAUAGAUCCGGCAGUAAUG